AUGGGGUUCAGUUCGAAAAAGAAUAAGAGAAAUCGUCUCUUUAAUGCUAUAUUCCUAGGAUUAUUUCUUGUCGAGGUUAUAAUGUGUAUUAUAUUUGUAUUUAUAUUACCAAUGAAUAAAUAUUUUUCAACUUUAUUAGUUAUUGCUAUUUCCCUAUCAGGCAUUUAUACAAUUAUUAGUAAAAGAUUAUUAUAUUUUAUAGCUUUUUGCGUAGUAAAUUCUAUUCAAAGCAUUACUUUAAUUGAAUCUAGUUUUAUGCUUAUAAAAUAUCCCAAUCAUUUAGAUUUAGCAAUUAUAUUAAGAGUGAAUGAGGAACAUCUUUUGAAGUCCAUCCAAGAUGAUGAUUAUAUUAAAAGAAUAUUGUUUCCAAAUAUCAUUGCUACUCUUAUUCUACAAUCCGUUAUUUGUUCAAUUAUUCCAAAAUUGAAACAAAUCACCUUUGAUAUCUUAGAUAUGGAAAGACUUUCUGAUAAAAUACUCUUAUGGUUUUCAUUGAUCUUAUUACUUUUAUUACUUAUUAAUACAUUAUAUUGUCAUCAGAAUCUUGAUAAAAUCCAAAAAUUACAUUUGGCGUUAAAUCCCAACUUGGGUGAAGAGUAUGAAUAUUUAAAUGACUUAGAGUCUGAUGAUGACGAGGGUGAACAUGAUGAAACGGAUGAAAAGGUUUCCGAAAAAUUAAGACAUUAUCGGAAAACUAUAAAAAAUGCUUUGUAUGACACUGUAAAAUUACUUUAG